AUGGAUGAUUCGGACGACGAGCCCCUUGCCCUUUCGUCUCACGCACUUGCUGCGCUUGCAGAGUUCAACGCCGAAAAGGAUGCGCAUCAGAAGCGCUUUGAGGAGCUGAAUGCAAAGGCUGAAGAAAAUGCGGCGAGGAAUGUGCCACUUUCUAUGUCUGUUUUUGAAGAGGACUGGAACAAGUCGCAAUUCUGGUAUUCGGACGAAACAGCACUGGCUUAUGCUGGUGAGCUUCUUCGCGACGCCGACGAGACGGAUACAGUUGCCGUCGUCUCAGCUCCCAGCGUCUUCAUCGCGUUGAGGAACCUCUUGGGCCAGUAUGGUCCGGAACAGCCAAAGCCUAAGAUUAUCCUUUUAGAGCAUGACGACCGCUUCAGGAUGUUCCCAGAGUUCGUAUGGUAUGACUUUGCUCACCCUUUCAAGCUCCCAGCCGAGCUCAAAGGAGCGGUUACCCGCAUCGUCUGCGAUCCGCCAUUCUUGAACGAAGACUGCCAAACCAAAGCUGCUAUGACGGUCCGGUGGCUGGCCAGCCCUCGAGUCCCAACUACGGGUCGCGUGAUUGUUUCUACUGGCGAACGUAUGCGAGACCUCAUCGCCAAGGUGUAUAGGUCGUUCGGAGUGAAACUGACGACAUUCGAACCAAAACACGCGCGAGGGCUCAGCAACGAGUUCUGCUGUUAUGCCAGCUACGAGUGUCAGUUGUGGACGUGGCAGCAAAUGGCUGAAGGCGGGCAAGAACAGUGA